AUGACGUAGCCCGGGAUCGCGACGAAGCGUCAUCCCAAGUUCGGGCACACACGGGUGGGGCAGUGUCUGGCCUGACAUUCUAUUUCGGUCGACACAUCGUACCCCCAGUAUUGAAUCACCGCACGUUCACCGAUUCUUUCUCUUCUCCUCUGCUCCGUAUCCUCACCCUCCCCCUUGCACCGAAUCGAGUACACCAUGUGAGUAUGGCUCGCUCGAAUCUAGCUCUUCGAAAGAGCUUGCCCUCCGAGCUGCUUUCGCUGCCAAAGGAAGACUGAGGCAGCUCCGGUCUGUGGACGUCACAGCUCCCUUAUUGGUGGUUGGGCUUCUACCUCGCCGCAAAAGUGUAUACAAUGACCCUCGCCACGCAAAUGAUCUGACCACCCACAACCCUCUUUCAACUCGCCGAUGUAGGACCCUCGCUCGCCAACUAAACGCCGAGAAGCUGUUACAGCAUUCGCACGAGCACGUAAGUCCACAGCCUCGCACACUUCGCAAGAUGGAGCAUGAAUUUUUCAGCAACCAUCGAUCACUAACAAUAUCUCACCCUUCUUUGCUCAGGCCAAAGCCCAUGGCCGAACCAAUGUCCGCUCGCUGUUGCAGCGUGAGGGAGGCCACAAGCUCGAGUCAGUCUUCAUCUCGAAACUCAAGUCUUUGGGUGCCAAAAGGAAACUUGUUUUGCUGAGAUCUAUCUCUGGCAUGACGCAGACAUCCCAACUAUGGAACGAGCGAGUUGCCCAAGCAUUCGAUCCCGAGCAAAGGUACCGAGCCCGUCAUUGCGUGAGUGCAGCCGAAGACUCUGCUGGCUUCUCGAGAUGCUCAAGGGCUGACCCUCUUUGCUUCUUUUGCCCAGGUACAACCUCAUCCACGUGAGCCGAUCAUGGUCGCGUCAGAUCUCAGUCCCACUUGUGAAGCUGACUUCGUGUUCCUCUUGAAACCCAGGACGAGUUGAGCCUCGACGGAAGCCCUUUGCUGAAUCUCGCAAGUUUCGUCCACACCCAUAUGGAUGAGUACGGCGACAAGCUCACCUUCGAGAACAUUGCCAAGAACUUGAUCGACACCGAUGCAAGUCACAACUUGGGAAACUUCGUUCGAACUGAACCCCGCUGACCGCCGAGACUUGCCUCUUUCAGGAGUACCCCGCUACCGUCUUGCUCCACACGCGCUGCAUCUCCAUGUUGGCCAAGCUCUGGAACGCCGACGAGACCAAGAACGCGACCGGAACUGCCACGACCGGAUCGUCCGAGGCCAUUCAACUCGCGGGUCUCGCCAUGAAGAGGCGCUGGCAAGACAAGCAACGCAAGGACGGCAAGGACGAGUACCGCCCUGGUACGUAGUGCAGCGGUGCACACAGCACCCUCAACCUGCGCAUACGAGACUGAUGGAGGGUAUGCCACUUCCACAGGGCCCAACAUCGUCAUGGGUGCCAACGCUCAGGUCGCUCUUGAGAAGUUCGCUUGCUACUUCGAGGUCGAGGCGAGGCUCGUGCCCGUCUCGGAGGAGACCAACUACAUCCUGUCGCCCGAGCGUGCUAUGGAAUACGUUGACGAGAACACGAUUGGUAUCUUUAUCAUCCUUGGAUCAACCUACACGUGAGUGGGCGCCUUGCUUUGCUCUCCACUUGUGCAGCACUUGCUGACCUUGCUGUGUUACGCUACCAGUGGCGCUUUCGAGGACGUCGAAGGGAUGUCCAAGCUUCUCGACGAGUACGAGGCCAAGACUGGCCACCAUGUUCCCAUCCACGUUGUGAGUAAUCUCAAUUCGUCCACAUGAACGUCCCGGAUCAAUGUCUGACGCCCUGUGCUCAACCCAAUCAGGACGCUGCCAGCGGAGGAUUCGUCGCCCCCUUCGCUUACCCCAAGCACGUUUGGGACUUCCGUCUCCCCCGCGUGUGCUCGAUCAACACUUCCGGGUGAGUUGCGCUCUUCUCAAUCCAAAUCUGGAGCCGAACACUUAUUCCCCGGAUUUCGUCACCUCUAGCCACAAGUUCGGCAAGGCCUACGUCGGUGUUGGAUGGGUUAUCUGGAGGGAUACCGCUCAUCGUGGGUCGAUCUUUCUGCAGCCGCAUGACCAGACAUUCUUGCUGAUAGUCAGCCCACAUGAUUGUCUUACAGUCCCAGAGGAUCUCGUCUUUAAGCUCACGUACCUCGGCUCGGUCGAGUACUCGUUCUCGCUCAACUUCUCGCGUCCCGCGCAUCCCAUCAUUGGCCAGUAUUACAACUUCGUUCGCUUUGGCUUCGAUGGCUACCGCGCGAUCGCGCUGCACGACGCCAAGAACGCCCGACUGCUCGCGCGUGCGCUCAACAACUCGAAGUACUACACCGUCAUUAGUGACUUGCUCGAGCCAAGCCAGCAGACGGGUAUCGUCGACAAGGCGGCCAAGGCUGUCGGACUCAGCGAGAACAUCGAGGACUACAAGCCCUCGCUGCCCGUUGUCGCGUUCCGCUUCUCGGACGAGUUCAAAAAGGACUUCCCCUACGCCAAGCAAAAGAGCGUGCAGACGCUCAUGCGGGCCAAGGGCUGGAUCAUCCCCAACUAUGAGCUCCCUCCCGAUCUUUCGAACGUUGAGAUCUUGCGUGUGGUCGUGCGCGAGCAGUUCUCCGAAGAUCUCGUCGAGCGCCUCGUGAUUGACCUCAUCGAGAUCACCGAGGAUUUGAUCAAGGACUCGAUGGACGAGGCCAAGCUCUUGGCUGGUCAAUCGAACCCUUCGCAGGACAAGGUCAAGGGUGUCACCACUCACCACAGCGAGAAGCAGGCCGCAACACAGGACCAAAAGGGUGUCGAAACCUCCGGCCACAGUUCGGUGUGCUAA